CAGGAGCAGUAGGCAGUGCGGGGCGGGGAGGCGGCGGGAGGAGCUGCGGGCCCGGCCCGGCCCAGCCCGGCCCAGCAUGGCCAAGCACCAUCGCACCCCGGCGCGGAGCCCGGAGCCGGUCAUCGAGGUCAAGAGCAAAUUUGACGCUGAGUUCCGUCGCUUUGCCAUGAAGCGCUCCAGCGUGGGUGGCUUCCAGGAAUUCUACCAGCUGAUACAGACAGUCCAUCAGAUCCCUUACGUAGAUGUGCUGUUGGGAUACACAGACAUUCAUGGGGACUUGCUACCCAUCAACAAUGAUGAUAACUACCACAAAGCCCUCUCAUCCGCCAACCCGCUGCUCAGAAUCAUCAUCCAGAAGAGGGCUGAAGCGGACUGCAGUGUGUUUGCCUCAAACUCCCUGCAGCGGAAGAAGAAGGGGCUGCUGCGGCCAGCGCACCACCGGGCCAAGCCGCAUAUCCUGAUUGGACUGCCCCAGGACUUCCGGCAAAUUUCCUCCAUCAUCGACGUGGACAUCCUGCCCGAGACGCACCGCCGUGUCCGCCUGCAUAAGCAUGGCUCUGACAAGCCGCUGGGCUUCUACAUCCGUGACGGCAUCAGUGUCCGUGUGGCCCCCCAAGGUGUUGAGAAGGUCCCUGGCAUCUUCAUCUCCCGCCUGGUCAAGGGUGGCCUGGCUGAGAGCACAGGGCUGCUGGCUGUCAAUGAUGAGAUCCUGGAGGUGAACGGCAUUGACGUGGCUGGCAAGUCCCUGGACCAGGUGACGGACAUGAUGGUGGCUAACAGUCACAACCUCAUCAUCACCGUCAAGCCAGCCAACCAACGCAACAACGUCAUCCGCAGCAGCAAGGCCUCCGGCAGCUCAGGCAUGUCAACGGACAGCACACCCAGCCAGCAGACACCCAGCCCUGCCUCCCAGUACCUGAGCAACUACAGCACAGCUGAGGGUGAGAGCGACGAAGAAGGCGACCUCAUUAUUGAGAACGAUAGUGCCCCCCACUACAUCCCGGCCACCUGCCCCAAUGGUGGCAGCCUCCUGGACAGGAGCUUUCAACAGAGCCUUUCCCUGAACAGCUCCCAGGGCUCGCUGCACUCCCUGAACAGUCACAAUGGCAGCGGGGGCAGCCCAAGCCAGGGCAGCCACAGGGGCAGCCUGCGGGAGGACGGCACAGUCCUCACCCUAUAGCCAGCAACCCACCAGGGGGCUGACCUCCUGCACCGGCCAGGUCUCUUGGAGCAUUUCUGUAUCAGGCCUCAACUGUGCCAGCCCCUUGCUAGGUGGGGCAAGACACAGAAGCAAGGGCACUGGGAUGCCACCCAGGGCCCACACCUGCCCUCUUCUCAGGCAUUAAGGUAUGCUGGCACUUAUUGGGACCUGCCAGGAGGGUGGUAGCUGGGACUAGGGCAUGGGGGCCCAGCCCUGGCUCCCUGACCCCUCCCUACAGAUGCUGCCCCUUCUCUGGAGCUUACCUUCCCCUUCCCCUUCUUUGGGGAACCAAAGUGGUGUUUCUUUGUCUUACUGGACACUGCCUGUGACAGCCAUGCCCAUGCUUCCCUCCCCCACCCCCCCCAUCCCCUUCCAAUCAAGUGUUUUUUAAUUGUUUUAUGAGAAUAUGCAUCACAAAUUAAUAUAUUGUAACAGGACAUUAAACCUUUUCUAGGAA